GUUUGAAAGUUUCAUUAUGAACAACUGACUAUUUACCAUGUAGAUGGAAAAUACAUUGACAUGGUUUGUUUUGACAUCAACGGAUGAAGAGUUUUAUGGUGUUAGUAAUACUAGUCAUUUCACCACCAGUUAGUUCAAGAAUGUUUUCCAGGUUGUAUGAGGUUGUGAUUCAGGAGAAUUCAUUUCUAGCAUUCAAUCAUCUUUUUAUGUUUUUGUUGGUAAAACAACAUCCAUUAAUAUAGGCAAUUCAGUUUAGUCAACUCCUGUUCGAAUUGUUCAUUCUUUAAUGAAAUCCAAAUUAUUAAACACUUUAAGCUAUGAUACAUACAACUAUACUAUUAACGGGAUAUGAUAGUGUUACCAGAAUGGACAGAACAUCAGGUAAGUGAUUCUGCAGUCAAUGGAAAAUGUAUCAAGAUAUGAAUUAUGUUUAUUUGUUCUAUUUUACAGGUGUGUACUAACUGUAAUUCUUAAAAUACUAUCCAAACGUCAUUACACACUAAAUAACAUACCGGAUCAAGAAGAAGUACUUGCUAUGCAAAAUUCUGGACAAAAACUACUUGAAAAUCAUGUUCUGAAACGUGGAUUAAAUGAUUUGUUUAAAAGGUCGAAGGAAAACAUGAAAUGGACAAAAACUCAUCGUGAUGUCAUCAGUAAUUGGUUAAAUAAAAAUGUUCCCAAUACAAUCACAUUACUUUGAAUGCAUUUCUUUCAGACUAAUCAACAAUUUCACUAUUAGACAGUUUUAUUCUGUUGAAUUAAUUGAUUACUGGUUUGUCAAUUAACAGAUCUAUCAAUCGAUCUAUCAAUCAAUUCAUCCGUACUUGUGUCUUUGUAACAAACUACUCAUUUUUCUUGUUUCUAUCUUAUUCAAUGUUGCGUAUUCAUAUUUCGGUUUUCAUGUGGUCUUAUUAUUAAUAUUAUUAUUAUUUUGAAUGUUCUAAUAUCCAUUUGUCACUGAAACGUAUAUGUAUGUGUACAAUGAUUCGAUCGUACAUAUAUUCAUUCUACUAUUAUUGGCAAUACACAUUUUUCUUUAUUACAGAUGGACGAGAAUAUGUUUUGUAGUGCAAAGAUGAUAUAAAAAUGGAUAUACAAGCUCAGUUACUUUAUGAAUAAUUGCUAUUAUUGUCCCUAAUAUCCUUAUUAGUAUUGGU